UUGAAUACUUGUACUCAGCAAAUACAAGAGCUCCUAAACUUGUAAUCACUAGUCAGCCGGGGCAGGAAAAUGCUUUCAAGAGCACUCCUCCUUUUCUUCUGUGGGAUUAUAUUAAUAGGAAAUGGGACUACGCAGAGACAUCCAAGAGACAAAAGAUACAAUCUGAAGGUGCACAUUAAUGCCACUCAAGAUACAAUCACUCUUAAGUUUAUUAAACCAAGCCCUGACACAAAACUUGAAGGGUUUAUCUUAGGAUAUGGAAGCAGUAUAUCUGCCAAGCAGUUCAUUGGCUUGCCGGAAAAUGGAGACCCUUACAUAACUGAAGUUGUUGCAGAACCAAAGUACUUGAUUGCAGUGCAACCCAUUCUACCCAAUGAUAUGAACAAACACUGCACAGGUCAAGUGAACCUCCACAAGCCACUGCAACUGAUUAUUGGAACCGUAACACCAACCUCUGUUCUUCUGUCCUGGGGUGCUAUGCUCAGAUCUCCGUUUCAAGAUAAUAUAAUGAAUGAAUGCAUGGAAGAUGGAUACUUUACAAUCCGGUACAGGGAAAAGGAAAAUAACAGGAAAUGGGUCUAUCAAGACUGUCCAACAACAGACACAGUGAUUGACAAGCUAAGACCAAGCACUCAGUAUGAAUUUUCGGUGAGGCCUUGUAAAGAAAACAACCGUGGUGUAUGGAGUUCACCUGUCACUCAGCAGACACAUGAUAAUUCAAGAAGCAUCCAACAACCAAACAAUCAACGGACAACAACCAACGGCAGGAUGCCUAAAGGUCCACAUGACAAACCUCAGCCAUAUACUUCAAGGAUUAUUUUAAAGCCUGGCUUCAACAAGACAUAUACCAGACCUAUUUCUUCAAAAGUGAAUGGGCGUCCAUCUCCAUCAAAGCCAGCUAAUGUGCCAAGUGAAAUGAUUCAAGAAUCUUUCCAGACAUCAAAAUCCAAAGUAGCUGCCUGGCCACAGGUUGCCGUGGGUAACGCAGAAAGUAAAGAGCAUGGCAUAAAAAAGAUUACAUCAUCGCCGAAGAAUGUACCUUUUACAUCCUCCAGUCAUCAGCAAGCUGGAAACUCAACUACUACCUCAGUCCCUCCAGUUACUUUGCUUUACAUUAAGGAGGACAAACAGAUGGAGAAAGAUCAACAUAAACUAACUUAUAGUACAACUCAGCCUCCCAAGAUUAACCAGGCUCAUGUUGUAGACCUUCAAGGAAACCCUCCUCCCAAGCCAGCUAGUACCACCCCAACAACAAUGAUUCACUUUGAUAAAGCAGACUUCAUUAAGAAAAGUACUUCUCCUUCUUUGGCUGAAGUUCCACCUACCAUCCCCAGCAUCUUGAAAAAGAAAAUCUCAGCUACUCUUUUGACUUCAAGAGAUGGUGCAAAAAUUUCGGGGCAAAGAUAUAUCAAGCCAAAUAACACAAGUCAAACAACAAAGCCUCUCUACGAUGAUAAAGGAGAACAAUACAAAGGAAUAUCAAAUAAAAAAACACCUCCUAUUGUUGCACAGGGGCCAGGAAUCAAUUUGGCAGGGGAAGAUGAUGUAACUCCAGAAAGAACAAACCAGCUUGACUCUGUAAAAAAUAACUCCAUUGAACUCACUCCUGCUGUUAAAAAAAAUUCAGCAGGAGAUAACAUUCCAGUUACAGAGAGCAGACAGCAGUUCAACACUUAUAGAAGUAGUUCUACUGACAGUACCCCAGAUUUUACCAAGCCACAAACAGAAUAUGGGCCUACAGGUUCAGAGAGAGGAGAUCAGCUAAUUUCUGUUACAAAUGGUUCCAAUAAACCUGAGCGAACUGUAAAAAUGCAACACCCAGGAGAAGAGACUACUGUUUCACAUAGAACAAGCUCCAUUAGAAACAAUUCAGUUGAUUUAAAAUCUACCAUUCAAAGCCAUUAUACAGCAGGAGAAGUCACUACAACUACAACCACAACAAUCCAACAGAGCUUUAUUAAAAAUGGUUCUACUGUAAGUCCAGCCACAACAACUCAACCCAGCUCUGUUAGGAAUGGUUCUCCUGUAAUACCUGCCAAAACAACUGAACCCAGCUCUGUUAGAAACGGUUCUGCUGUAAUACCUGCCAAAACAAUUCAAACCAGCUCUGUUAGAAACAGUUCUGCUGUAAUACCUGCCAAAACAACUGAAUCAAGCUCUGUUAGAAAUGGUUCUUCUGUAAUACCAGAAAAAGCAAAUGAACCCAGCUCUGUUAGAAAUGGUUCUCCUGUAAUACCUGCCAAUUCAACUCAAACCAGCUCUGUUAGACAUGGUUCUCCUGUAAUACCAGAAAAACCGACCGAACCCAGCUGUGUUAGAAACUGUUCUCCUGUAACACCUGCCAAAACAACUCAACCCAGCUCUGUUAGAAAUGAUUCAAGUGUAUUUCCAGCAACUACAGUCCAAAGUAUCUCUGAUAGAAAUGGCUCUCUUCUAAAUCCAGCAACAAGUCAUCCGCGCUCUGUUAGAAAUGAUUCUACUGUAAUUCCAGCCACAACAACUGAACUCAGCUCUGUUAGAUAUGGUUCUGUGCAUCUCAACCUCAAUAUUACAAAUCAACUUACAGCAACAGAAGGCACUGCAAUUUCAGAGAAAGGAAGCCGACUGAAUUCUUUCACAAAUAUUCAAACUGAAGCUGAUCCAGCAUUGACCAAUAAAUAUAGAGUGAACAGUGAUAAAGAUUUGGACCCAGAAAAUCAAGGAACCUCAUUUAGAAAUAUUACCAGUGAACCUGCUACAUCUGUGGCAAAGCCAGCAGGAAAAGUUUCUGGCAAUAAACAACGUGUGGCCAACAGAUCUAAUUCAGUUCCUCCUAGAAAACAAGGUGGUUCUCUUCAGAAUUUGCCAUCAGCUAAGACGUUGAUACCAAAUGUUGUUGAGGGAAAGCCAGGUGAAAGUGGUAAAAAGAUGGAGUUGGAUACUGACAAAUCUUUAAUUUUUGACAAGAUUUCUGCAACACAAAAACCAGCAAAAGAAGAAAGAAAGUGGAUCACUACCACUGAUGCACCAAAUAUAAAUGCAAGCAGAAUGGAACCUAUAGAUAAUUCUUCAGUCUUCACUUCAUUUCCUGUAACUGAUGUUGAUGUAAUGGGAAAGGAACGUUUUGUAGCUCCACAUGUGAAAUAUGUGCACAAAGAGGACAAAGUCCCUUGCUCAAUCACAGAAACCAUGAGGCACUUCCCUGAGGAAGAUAUUAUAAAUCAGGACAUCAACGGCCCACCAAAACACCCACCGUCCAACUUGACAGUGGUCACAGUUGAAGGCUGUCCAUCCUUUGUGAUUCUUGAUUGGGAAAAAGUCAAAAAUGAUACAGCAACAGAAUAUGAGGUUAUUUCUAAGGAAGGGGGAUCUACGGGUAAAGAGGAAUCUGUAUUGACAACCAACCAAACACACACUGCAGUGGAAAACCUGAAACCAAACACAAGUUAUGAAUUUAGAGUAAAACCUGUAAACAUCCUGGGAGAAGGCCCAGAAAGUGAACCAGUAACUUUCAGUACUGAAUCAGCGGACCCACGAGUGAGCGAAUAUGUUUCAGGAAAAGAUGCCAUUUGGACGCAGAUCCCAUUUAAAGCUGACUCAUACUCCGAGUGCAAUGGAAAAAUGUUUGUCAAAAGAACUUGGUACAGGAAAUUUGUUGGUAUCCAGCUCUGCAACUCCCUGAGAUACAAGAUUUAUCUCAGUGAUACUCUGACAGGGACAUUUUACAACAUUGGAGAUCAGUCUGGUCAGGGAGAAGAUCAUUGCCAAUUUGUAGACUCAUUUCUUGAUGGAAGGACAGGCAAACAGUAUCCACCUGAUCAGCUGCCACCAAGACAAGGCUUCUACAGAUCAGUCCGCCAAGAACCAGUUUCUUUUGGUGAAAUAGGAGGAAGAACCCAUGUAAGUUAUGUACAGUGGUAUGAGUGUGGAACAACGAUACCAGGAAAAUGGUAACACUUUCCUUAUGGCCUGUGGACAAAUGGAUUGUAAAGGGCACAAGAAAAUGGGGGAAUGAAUUUGAACUUUUUUUAAAAAAAAUAAAUAUUCCUAACAUGUAAACCUCAAUUUUACUAAUGUGGAAAAUGUAUAUAGCAUCUCUAUCAUUUAAGAAUUUUACUGAGUGUAUUUCUAAUAGUGGAAAUUGAUAACCAUAUUUAUCAAACUGAAAAGUCAAAAUGAAUUUAAAAAAAUGAGCAAGGGGAAUUUAUACCAGGAAAAUAUUGGGAAGCUGGCUCCCUGAAACUAUUUUGAUUACAAUCUGUAUAUUAUUAUUUAUCAAUAUUUUAGAUUGAAUGUUAUCUUUUCGUUGAUGAGAGUUUAAGGUAAAGUUCAUUCAUUCAUUCAUGCAGGCCACAUUAUAAGACAAACUGUUGUUGCAGGAAAUACACACUUGCAUUCCAGUAACUGUGCUUAUUGUACACAAUGGCUACAUAUUCAUGUAUUUUCUUUUCUGUUCACAGUUUAUGGUAAAGUUUUUAAAUGUGUACUUUAAUCUGUUUCACCAGUGCAUCAAUUAGACAAAAAUCUGAUUAAGAUUUACUAGAAAUAUUCAAGCAAUUGAUAUACCUUUUGAAAAUCAUGAGUUCUGUUUUUUUUUUUUUAAGUGAUGGCAGAUACUUGGCCUUCUCUUCUUGGAGUGGAGUUAGGUUCAGGAAAUUGUCAUGAUUUUAUUUUUCACAAUAAAAGUGUUUGUGAAAUCUCAGAGUAUAAUAUAUGCAAGUUCAGAAUCCAUACUCUAUUGACAAAAAAUGUGUGUAAGGAUUGCAUAUCGACAGGACAAGAUCCAAAGAAUGCCACUACCAUGAUUUAAAUAAAAACCAAAAAAACAAAUCUGAACUUGCUAUUAAUCCAUUAAUUAGGGGAUUUGCAAAUAACAGAGUACAGCACAACUGUCUACACAUUUCCACAAUGUGAGUAUUUUGAUCCUUAUUUAUGUAUGUAACAAGAACAGAAAAAAAUCAAAUCAAGUCUCAAUAAAUAUUUAGGAUAUACUAUAAAAACAAAGUGCUUGGCAGCAAAAUGCACACUUUUUGCAUUGUUGUGUGUAGUUAUAGGUAGCACAAGUUUGACUUACUCGAAGUCUCAGUGUUUUCUUAAACGCUGGUGUAUCUUACAGGUUGGUGCUUAGGUGAACCUUCAGUGAGUACAAAUGUGAAUCAGUGUUAAAAUAUUGAUAUUAUUAAAAAAGAAAUCUUAAACUGAUUUUUUUUACCUUUAUUAUUAAGACAGGGUGCUGUAAAGUAACGGUUUCAAUUGCAUCUGAAAGAAUAAAUUAACAUAUAAAAAUGUAUAAAGCAAUGUGUAUUUGUUGGAGCAAAGUAUACAGUUUAUAUUUUCUUCAAGUUCACAAUAAACUGUCAAAUUAUUCUGUACAAAAAUAUUACUUUACAACCAAAAGUCAUAAAUUGCAGUUUGCACAGCAUUAAAAUAUUUGUAUAUGUGAACAGAUGUUAACAAUUCUGUCUUUUUUGCCUGUCAUCUUUAAUGCACAUUAUACUCAUUCAUUUACAUGAAAUUAAAGAAAAAUUGUACAUUGUAUCUGUUGUAUUUAGAAAGUGUAAACAUAACAGCCUACAUUAACAAAUGUAACUGCAAAAAACACAAUUUCCUGAUUUCUUUUGUUUGUACAUAAAUUAAAAUGUAAACCAAGUCUUGAUAAAA